GCAGCCGGCAAAGGAGGACCCCCGGGAACGAGACCCCGCCGUCCGGUGGCCCAGUCCUCUUCAGCCUUAGGCCCGCAUGGAGGGAACUGCGGAGUUCCAGACGCCUGACCUGCGAGAUGUGGAGGGCAAGGUGGGCAGGAAGACCCCUGAAGGGCUGCUCCGCGGGCUGCGAGGCGAAUGGGAGCCGGGAACCUCCGGCGCCCUGCUGCUCUCGGGGGCACCUAGCACCAGCCACGGCCACAGCCUGGGGGACAAGAUCAUGGCAUUGAGGAUGGAGCUGGCUUACCUGCGAGCCAUCGAUGUGAAGAUCCUGCAGCAGCUGUUGACCUUGAAUGAGGGCAUCGAGGCUGUGCGCUGGCUGUUGGAGGAGAGGGGGACAGUGACCAGCCACUGCAGCAGCCUCACCAGCAGCCAAUAUAGCCUGACAGGCGGGAGCCCAGACCACUCAAGGCGAGGCAGCUGGGACAGCCUGCCGGACACCAGCUCCACUGACCGGCUGGACAGUCUCUCCAUUGGCAGCUUCCUAGACACGGUGGUCCCCAGCGAGCUGGAUGAACAGGGCCCCCCUGGGGCUCCCCGUCCUGAGACUGGGCAAAGGUUAUACCCAGUGGGGACAGGGCCCAGUGGGGACAGGGCCAGGACUGAGGUGGACCUGACAGCCAGCAGGCUAGGGAAUUUGAGGGCUGUAUGGAAGCCCCCAGGGGAGGGGCUCCAAGAUGGACCUCCUGAGCCACUAGAGGAUGAGAGUGCCAAACUGGGCUUUGAGGCCCACUGGUACUGGCAGUGUCAGGAUGAUGUGACCUUCUUAUAGUAACUCUCCCACCCUUUUGUAUUCCUGUGGCUCUUUCAUUGCUAUGCCUUGGUCUCCCUGGAAAUUUAUGCUCCCUCAUUCUGGGUCUAGGAAGAGGCUGCAUCAAAAUCAGUUACCAUGGAAAUCUGACCUUAUCAUCCUUCUGGGCCCUGAGGAGGCUCUUCCUUUAUCCCUCAGUUAUUGGGACCCUAGAACUAUUUCCGUAGAUACAUUGACUCUAGAGGUUUGACCUGUGGCUUCUCGUAAGAUAGUAACUUCCCUUCCCCCUCCUGGAACUAGGUAAGGAUUUGAGGGAUUUAGGACGCCUAAGAGAUCGCUGAUGAAGAGUUGGGGGUCCGAUUACUUCAACCAACAUCUACGAGUCUUGGCCCCCUUCUUGGCCAAGAUGGAGAACUGUGGAGGGACAUGGACAUUCAGGGCCAACCCUCCAUGGAUUGGCCCUCCCAGAAGUCUCUGGGGUUGGUAGAACCAUCCCUUCCUAUCUGGUGAGUGAUGUCAUUUCCUGCCAGGAUGGAGUAGGCUUUCCUCUGUACCAUCUCUCAGGGGUGGGAGUCCAGUAUUGGGCGGCUGAGCCCCUGCUGCUAGGCAAGACCAUACCAUUUAUUCCCCAUACCGUUACUUCUUGCAAGUGGGAACAUACCCUUCCCUCUUCCUGGUAGGAAAGCUCACUGUCAGAGGUUUGUGUUUCUUUUCAGAAAGAUUGUUACUUUUUUUUUUUUUUAAGAUGUUACUUAUUUGUUAGAGCACAAGUGAG